CCUGGGCCACGGCGGGAAGCACCAGUGAACCCGGGCCGCAAUGGAAACGUCCUUGAAUGGAGGCGCCGUGGUGGACUUAUCACACUCGCUCCGUCAGGCCAACGAGUCAGUGGUGUAUCGGUGGCGAGUGGAUAAAGUCGAGUGUUCUGUGUCUUGCGCGGUGAAAGGGACUUGACCGAAACAUGAAUAGUGAAGAGAGAAUUAAGGCCUGCCAUAGCCUGAUAACGGAGGAGGCGGUGAAGGAGGCCCUGAAGGCGCACAAGGGCGGCGAGGCGAGACUCACCUCCUGGCAGAUCAAGGACUUCACCAGCAAGGGCGACAACUACGCGUCGGUGGUGUCGAGCGUCGAGCUGGACUUCGACCUCAAUGGCAACGACGAAAGCAUAACGUACAUCGUGAAGAUCAACCCUUGCCACGGCAUGGAGAGCUUCGAGGAAAUGACCCACACGAUCUUCCUCAAAGAAGCGGAAUUCUACAUCAAGCUGCUGCCUCAGCUGAACGGGGUGUUGCGGGAGCACGAGCUGAGCCCUCUGGCGGUGCCGGAGUGUCACUACGGCACCCUGGAGAAGAAGAGGGAGCUGAUUUUCCUGGAAGAUUUGAGGCCUCGGGGCUUCAAGAUGUUCGACCGUCGAAAGGGGCUGGACGUCGCACACGCAAGCCUGGUGUUGAAAGAGCUGGCCAGACUCCACGCUGCUUCUCUGUUGCUGCAGAAGAAAGACCCCGAAUAUUCCAAAGACACGCUUCUGCACAGAGGCUGGAUUAAUAUGACGGAUGAUGGAUUUGGUAUGUUACAGGUGUUGGAGGGAGUUAUGGAUACGGGAAUAAUGAUGUUAAAGAAGGUGGGGGGGUAUGAGUCGUCCAUUACAUGGGCUGAGAGUACUAAGUCAAAGUUGCGAGAGAUUUUCGAGAAGCAAAGGGAACCAUGCAAGCAUCAAGUCAUAUGUCACGGCGACGCCUGGAAUAACAACCUGCUUUUCAAAUACGACGAAGACGGCGUCCCUGUGGAAGUGAUGCUGAUCGACCUGCAGAUGUGUCGGCGGGAGCCCUUCGCCGUGGACCUCAACUACCUCCUGUACACGAGCCUCACGGGUGACGUGAGGAAGCCCAACCUGGACGCCCUCCUGGAGACGUACCGAGGCCACUUCAACGGCGUGAUGGAGACUGAAGGCGAGGGGCGUCUCCUCGAGGGCGAAGUCCUGCAGGAAUUCCGACGCUUGAACAUCCUCGGGGCCAUCUUCAACAUGAUGAUCAUAUGCCCCAUACUGAUGGAGCCUGAGGACGUGCCUGACUUCGAGAUGUCGGGAGACGAUGCAGCCGACAUGGAGAGGGUCAUCGCGGAGCUCCGAGCGAGAAGCUUGGAGAUGGUCGACACGAACCCUCUGAUGCGGCCGCGGUUCCUCUCCGUGUUCGACGAGUUGAUGGAGACCGGGCUCAUCCCCGCGUCAGGAGCGCCCUGAAGAAGGAACUUGAUCUCUCAGAUUUUUUUCUCGUUUUUCUAGGUGGAAUUUUGUACCUUAUAGAGAAUCUACUGAGAAAAUUGUUUUCGUGUUCCAGAUUGAUGUGUUCCUGUUUUUGUCAUGCAAAUAUUAAUACUUGAUACUGUAGGAAGGUAUCUUAGAUGCAGAUAUAUGUUAUAUAGUUGAUUUACUCAUACCUUUAUAAUAAAAUACAAACGAAAUCUAUCAAAUGAUUUAAUGGUCACAAACUUAGAAUAAUAAAAUGAUCAUUUAC